AUGGCGGCGGCGGCCGAGCCCGGGGCCCGCGCCUGGCCGGCCGGCGGCCCCCCACGCCCCGGGGCCCCGACCUGCGGCUCCCAGCCGGGCGACGGAGGGAGCGCGUGCGCGCAGUCGGGGCGCGCGGGCGCCGGACCCCCGGGCCCCGCCGCGCCGGGCCACAGCUUCCGGAAGGUGACGCUCACCAAGCCCACCUUCUGCCACCUGUGCUCCGACUUCAUCUGGGGGCUGGCCGGAUUCCUGUGCGACGUCUGCAACUUCAUGGCCCACGAGAAGUGCGUGAAGCGCGUGAAGACCCCGUGCUCCAGUGUUGCCCCAAGCAGGGUCCGGGUGCCCGUGGCCCACUGCUUCGGCCCCCGCGGACUCUACAAACGCAAGUUCUGCGCUGUGUGCCGCAAGGGCCUGGAGGCGCCCGCGCUGCGCUGUGAAGUGUGCGAGCUGCAUGUUCACCCCGACUGUGUGCCCUUCGCCUGCAGCGACUGCCGCCAGUGCCACCAGGACGGGCACCUGGACGCCGACUGGCGCCAGCACCACUGGCGGGAAGGGAACCUAUCGCCCGGCGCGCGCUGCGAGGUGUGCAGGAAGACAUGUGGCUCCUCGGACGUGCUGACCGGUGUGCGCUGCGAGUGGUGCGGAGUCCAGGCCCACGCGUCCUGCUCCGCGGCGCUCGGCCCCGAGUGCACCUUCGGGCGCCUGUGCUCCGUGCUGCUGCCGCCCGCCUGCGUGCGCCUGCUGUCCCGCAACUUCCGCAAGACGCACUGCUUCCGCAUCGCCGACGCCCCGGAGCCAGGCGAGGACGCUGGCGCGGAUGCGGGCCCCAGCAAGGAGGCGCCGGCGUCGCCGGAGUCUGGCAAACAGACUCUGAGGGUCUUCGAUGGCGAUGACGCCCUGAGGAGGAACCACUUCCGGGCGGUCACUGUGCCCCGCGGGGCCAGGAGCGAGGAGGUGCUGGGGGCAGCGCUGCGGGCCUACUACCUCAGCGAGGACCUGGGCGACUUCCACCUGCAGCCCCUGCCCCCGGCCCCCCGUGCUGGCGAUGCUGGGGCCAUGGAGGAGGGGGGCAGCUCAGGGCCCCACGAGGCGGCGCCCGGGGCCUGGGUCAUCCGAGCUGUGCCCCGGGCCCAGGAGCUCCUCCACGUCUACCCUGGCUGGCCUUGGGCAGGCGUGGCCCACGUGGCCGUGCUGGUGACUGCACAGAGCACAGCCGGGACCGUGACGCGGGAGGCCCUGCAGCUGCUCGGCCGCCAGGCCGAGGGUCCUGAGAGCUUCCGGCUGGAGGAGGUGCUCAUGGACAGCAGGCACGUCCAGCGGAUGGUGCUGGCCCGUGAGGAGCCCCUGCUUGACCGGCUUCGGGACAUCCGGCAGACGUCCGUGUGGCAGGGCAGCCAGACGCGGUUCUACGUGAGCGAGAGCAGAGCGGCGGCCCCACGCGUCUCCCUGUUUGUGGGGGGGCUGCCACUUGGCCUGUCCCCCCAGGAGUACAGUGACCUACUGCACGAGGCCAUGGCCACCAAAGCUGCCGUGUCAGUGAGCCACGUCUACUCCUCCCAAGGCGCCGUGGUGCUGGACGUGGGCUGCUUUGCCGAGGCCGAGCGGCUGUACAUGUUGGUCAGGGACACCGCUGUGCGUGGCCGGCCGCUGACGGCACUGGUGCUCCCGGAAGUGCUGCACACGAAGCUGCCCCCAGACUGCCGCCCCCUCCUGGUAUUCGUGAACCCCAAGAGUGGGGGCCUCAAGGGCCGGGACCUGCUCUGUAGCUUCCGGAAGCUGCUGAACCCUCACCAGGUCUUCGACCUGACCAACGGGGGGCCUCUUCCAGGGCUGCACCUCUUCUCCCGGGUGCCAAGCUUCCGGGUGCUGGUGUGCGGUGGAGACGGCACAGUGGGCUGGGUGCUCGCCGCCCUGGAAGAGACGCGGCGCCGGCUGGCCUGCCGGGAGCCUUCCGUGGCCAUCUUGCCGCUGGGCACAGGGAAUGACCUGGGCCGGGUCCUGCGCUGGGGCGCGGGCUACAGCGGCGAAGACCCCCUGUCUGUGCUGGUGUCUGUGGACGAAGCGGACGCCGUACUUGUGGACCGCUGGACCAUCCUGCUGGACGCCCAGGAGGCCGGCGGUGGGCAGGACAGCGUGGCGGAGCUGGAGCCCCCCAAGAUUGUACAGAUGAGUAACUACUGUGGCAUUGGCAUCGACGCUGAGCUCAGCCUGGACUUCCACCAGGCGCGGGAGGAGGAGCCGGGCAAGUUCACAAGCAGGUUCCACAACAAGGGCGUGUACGUGCGCGCUGGGCUGCACAAGAUGAGUCAGGUGCGCAGCCUGCACAAGGAGAUCCGGCUGCAGGUGGAGCAGCAGGAGGUGGAGCUGCCCAGCCUCGAGGGCCUCAUCUUCAUCAACAUCCCCAGCUGGGGCUCGGGGGCCGACCUGUGGGGCUCCGACAGCGACUCGAGGUUCGAGAAGCCACGCAUGGACGACGGGCUGCUGGAGGUGGUGGGUGUGACGGGAGUAGUGCACAUGGGCCAGGUCCAGGGCGGGCUGCGCUCUGGAAUACGCAUCGCCCAGGGCUCCUACUUCCGCGUCACGCUCCUCAAGGCCACUCCCGUCCAGGUGGAUGGUGAGCCCUGGGUCCAGGCUCCCGGGCACAUGAUCAUCUCUGCCGCGAGCCCCAAGGUCCACAUGCUGAGGAGGGCCAAGCAGAAGCCCAGGAGGCCGGGGACCUCCAGGGACACCUGCACAGAUGCUGGGCCAGCCCCCGAGGGCGGCCCCAAGUAGGGGUGCACACAGGAGCGUCCGCGCCCACCUUGGCUUUCGUCUGCAGGCGGACCACGUGGUGGCCGCCCCUCCCCGGAGUGUGGGGGGUCUCCACCCUCGCCCACUUGGUGUCACGGGGAAGCUGCUGGGCCUAGGGACAGGCGGGCAGAUCUGGCCCCAGCUGGUGUCAGGGUUCCGUGGAAGGGAGGUGCCCCUCCUGCUGUGCGGUGCUGCUGCAGGCCGCGCUCUGGCCUGGCACACACCGGCCUCUGCCAGUUCCCAGGCCCUUCCUCCUCACUCCACCCAGAGGGAGGGCCCUCCAUGCCUUGUCACUAGACGGGGGCCUGGGCCACGGGUGGCAGUGGUCCUGUGCUUCUGGCCAGGCUCUGCCCACUCUGAGGCCCAGAGGGCCCCAUCAGGCCGGGUGGGUCUGGGGACCGAGCGCCCUCAGGCCCCCCGUAGCACUUUGCACAUGGGUGUGGCCUCUGCUCACUCCGCCCCCUCCACGCCUUGUGCAGAGACCCACCUCCCACGUGGGGUACACUUACGGGCACCCCGGCUGGAUGAGGGCCUUCCUGCCUCAGACUCCGAGGAGCCACCCAGGGGGGGUGUCCCAAGGGCCAAGUGUUUCCUGUCAGUGGGCAUGGCCCAGGCUGUGCUGCUGAAGGGGAGGGGGGGCGGCAGCCCUGGGUGCCACUAGGCCCGAGUGCCCUCCCUGCUUCUGCCAAAACUGCAGGCCAGUGCGUCGUGUCGGCUGCGUGGUCUUGGUGUGCACGCCUGGCCUGUUCCAUCACCUGCAGUCUUGGGAACAGGUCUGAAUGGUGUGCUUCGUUCCGUGCAAGCCCUGGUGUUGGUCUGUAGGCUGCGUCCGGGUGAUUCGUCCUCUGUGUUUGCCCUGCUGGGGCUGUGGCCCCGGCGCACUGGUCCCCUCCCUGUGAGUUGUCGUCUACCUGAAUGUAACAGUAACUUAAAUCCGGGACAGACAGCCGGGUACA